AUGGAGGAAUACGGAUCGAAAAUGCAGUAUCCAAAGCUGUGCAAGGGAGUUCUAGAGAAUGAACCAGGGUGGAAAACGGAUGCAAUUGCAAUGCAGGGAUUGGGAUUAGUGAAUCCCGAAAAUGUGCAAAAAUUUUACAAUAAAUUGCAUAGUUAUUUAGCCUCUACAGGGGUUGAUGGAGUAAAAGUGGAUGCACAAUGCAUACUAGAAACACUUGGGGCAGGACUUGGGGGUAGAGUUGAAUUAACAACGCAAUAUCAUCAGGCACUUGAUACUUCUGUUGCUAGGAAUUUUCCUGAUAAUGGCUGCAUUUCUUGCAUGAGUCACAAUCCUGAAUCCCUCUAUUGCUCAAAACAAACGGUUAUUGUGAGAGCAUCAGAUGAUUUCUACCCGCGCGAUCCUGUUUCUCAUACAAUUCACAUUGCUGCAGUUGCAUACAACAGCGUGUUCCUUGGAGACAUAAUGCUAACUGAUUGGGACAUGUUCCAUUCACUCCAUCCGACAGCUGAGUACCAUGGAUCUGCAAGGGCUAUAAGCGGUGGACCUGUCUAUGUUAGUGAUGCACCUAGGCAACACAAUUUUGAUCUUCUGAAGAAGCUUGUUCUACCAGAUGGUUCAAUUCUUCGAGCUCGGUUGUCUGGUCGACCUACCAAGGAUCGCAUGUUCUCUGAUCCUUCUAGCGACGGUGUUACCCUAUUGAAGAUAUGGAACAUCAACAAGCAUACUGGAGCACUUGGAGUAUACAACUGUCAAGGCAAUAUUAGAGGUAGUGAUGUAUAUCUGAUUUCUGAAGUUGUCCUGGACUCCAACUGGAAUGGUAUUGUCGCUAUGUACUCCUACCAGAGUCGUAACCUUGUCACUCUGCAAUACCAUGUUGCCAUACCGGUGUCACUCAAGGUCCUCAAACACGAGAUCUUCACUAUUAGUCCGAUUAAAGUAUUGGCGCCCGGUUUCAGCUUUGCACCCUUGGGCCUCAUUGACAUGUUCAAUGCUGGUGGCGCAAUAGAAGAGCUCAAAUAUGAAGUCAAGGCUGGGACUCGAGUUUCUGAAGCCGGAGAGGAGAACUUAAGCACAUGGGUGGUGGCCAUCAUCUCCAUGCAUGUAAAAGGCUGUGGGCGUUUUGGAGCUUAUUCUUCAACUAAGCCUAGAAAGUGCACUAUGGGAUUAUCACCUGUCGAGUUUGAAUACGAUUCAGUGUGUGGGUUGUUGACCUUAAAUUUGCAUGAAAUGCCUUCUGAGGAUCAGAAAGUUCACAUUGUUGAGAUUGAGCUAUAA